GCCCCCACGUACGUGCACGCGCCCACAAAGACCACCCGACCACCACCACCUCCCCCCUCCCUCCGGUCGCCUCCGGCCUUGCCUCGCCCCCUCGCCCCUCCCCCCGCCGCCUGCCCCGGCAGCCCGUCCCUGGCCCCCAUGGCGGCCGCGGAGGUGUACUCGCCGACCGCGGCGGCGGCGGCGCAGCACCAGCAGCGCGGGAAGGCGGCGACGCAGGCGUGGCAGGCGGUCGUCGGCUGGAUCGGCUUCCUCCUCCAGGUCCUGCUCCAGAUCCUCCGCGGCACGCCCUCCUGCGCCCAGCUCCUCUCCUUCGUCGGCUUCCGCUACCCGCUCCUCUCCUCCGCCUCGGCCGCCCCCGACCAGCCGUCGCCGGAGGUGGCCUUCAUGCCGCUCCGCUCCGAGAUCCCGGCCGACGCCGCCCCCGUCCCGGCGCCCCCGCCUGAGCCCCUCCAGCGCCUCACGGUAGUGCUUGACCUGGAUGAGACUUUAGUUUCUGCGUACGAAUCAUCUGGUCUUCCUCCUAUUGUACGCACCCAAGCUGUUGAAGCUGGAUUACAUUGCUUUGACAUGGAGUGCAUAUCAACUGAUAAGGAUGUUGAAGGGAAACAAAAGGUGAAUCAUGUUACUGUUUUUGAACGUCCUGGUCUGCAUGAGUUCUUGCAGAAAACUAGUGAGUUCGCAGAUCUUAUCCUCUUUACAGCGGGUUUAGAAGGUUAUGCAAGACCUUUAGUGGACAUAAUAGAUGCUCAUAAUAGGUUCAAACUCCGUCUCUAUCGUCCAUCAACUGUUACUACGGAAUACAGAGAGCAUGUGAAAGAUCUUUCGUGCCUGUCAAAAGAUUUCAGUAGAAUCGUCAUUGUCGACAACAAUCCGUUCAGCUUCAUAGUGCAGCCUUUGAAUGGAAUACCUUGUGUUCCAUUUUCAGCUGGACAACACUCAGACGAUCAACUGAUGGAGGUUAUCUUCCCGCUCCUGAAGCAUCUCUCUGUCCAGAGAGAUGUGAGGCCAGCCCUGUACGAAAGGUUUCAUAUGCCAGAAUGGUUCCAAAAGCAUGGGAUCCCUCGAACUGAUCAGGCUCUCUAAGACUUGUUUAGGUGGAGAAGAAUCAAGUGCCUGCCACGCCAUAUGUCCCUUAGGGGGAGAGCACUUGUACAUUAUUAUUUAUAUUCAUUUUUAGAUUCUCUUCCCUGAUAUAAGAUCAUGUCAUUGUUCAUACAGAAUUGCCAUGUCUGGAGGUAAAAGGAAAUGUAAUCUAGCAGAAUGUCACAUUUGUAUUGGUGUCAACAUCAAUUGUUGUAUAUCACCUUUGUUGUAAAUUUGCUUGUUGAUAGCUCAUUUAAUCUAAUGCACAGUUCAAGGUCUA